AUGGUGACGAAGUUGCAGGUUUUUCACACAGCUCUGCUGGCGGUCGAUUACGUCAAAGCUGAGGUUAAAAUGUGUGCCGCCUACGCAGCCGACGAAAUAUGUGUCAGCUCUGCCAAACGGACCCCGCUCGCUCAAACUGCUGUUGGAACCUUUGGAUCUCAUCUUCAUGGAUCAGUUUCUGUGCGCCUACAUACCUGGGACGAUCUUUGUUCAAACUGA